AUGAAUUGUGGUGUUGAUCGUCAUGAUGUUGAAUUAUUCUUUGAUGCCGAUCUACAGGAGCAUGUAUUAAUGGAGGGUACAUGCAGGGCACAAGAGAUAGGACAUUUAGGGACAAUAUAUACAAAGUGUCCCCUUAAUUUUAAUAUAAAUAAUUUAGCCCCCCUAGAGGUACCAAGAGAGGAGACAGCAGCAGCAGCAGCAGCAGCAGGAGAUACAGCAGCAGCACAACAACAACAAGAUGCAACAGCAGCAGCAGCAGCAGCAGCAGCAGCAGAUAAUAAAACUGCAGCAGAUAUACUAACAGAGAGCACAGAGGCAGAGGAAGAAAAAGGUGCACCUAAGUCUGCUAUGCAAAUAGACUUCGAGAAGACAGCAGGGAUUAAUUCUUCCAACAAUUCUUUGCACUAUUUGAUACACAGGAUAGUGAUGGGGAAUGACAAAGUAUUACCUAUUAAUGUUGUUGUAGAUAGGAUUAUGGAGGGCCAAGUCUGA